GAAGGAGGGGCAAGCAGGCAGGACUGAGAGGGGAGGGGAGAGAGAGGUGUCCUGGGCUCAGACUCCACCUAUGAGCCUGAGAAGUGCUCCUGCCCCGGGAAGAGGCUCAGCAGAGAAGGAGAAAGGACAGCAUAGCUGACAGCUGUGCUAGGAAAGAUUCUGGAUCCCAGGCUCAUCUCCACAGAGGAGAACACACAGGCAGCACAGGCCAUGGGGCCCCUCUCAGCGCCUCCCUGCACACUGCACAUCACCUGGAAGGAGCUCCUGCUCACAGCAUCGCUUUUAAUCUUCUGGAACCCGCCCACCACUGCGCAAGUCACGAUUGAAGCACAGCCAAACAAAGUUUCCGAGGGGAAGGAUGUUCUUCUACUUGUCCACAAUUUGCCCCAGAAUCUUACUGGCUACAUCUGGUAUAAAGGGCAAAAAAUGGACCUCCACCAUUACAUUACAUCAUAUGUAAUAGACGCUGAAACAAUUAUAGCUGGGCCUGCAUACAGUGGACGAGAAAUAGUAUAUUCCAAUGCAUCCCUACUGAUCCAGAAUGUCACCCGGAAGGACACAGGAUCCUACACCAUACAAACCAUAAAGCAAGGUGAUAACAGUAAAGGAGUAAUUGGACAUUUCACCUUAUACCGUGAGUGAUUCCACAUGAUCCCUGGGUGUUGGGGGGUGGGGGUCACUUCUACUUUACACAAACAGGAUUGUCAGGCCUAGACUGUGCCUGUGUCCCUCUCUGCCUUAUGUCGCAUGUUGGUGUUUUGGCAUUUAGUGGAGGACACACACAAAGGAGACAAACUAUAACAGAUCAGAAUUCCUUUCCUACCUCCAGACCCUGCAGACACUUGCUGCACAGGAAGGACAGUCUGAAGGGAGGGUGCUCAGCAAGAGAUAAAUCUCAGCCAAGCACCUCAUGCCUUCUUGAUAAACUGGAUCCUGAGAAAGACCCUGGAGAACUGAGUAGGGCUUUGAAUAAGAGGCCCCCUGAGAUACUCUCAGAAAAGCUCAUCAGUGGAGCCUCAACCCCAGAUCCCUGUCCCUAAAUCCUUA